UCCAACAAAUUAAUUCAUUAGGCUUUACUUUGAUUUACUAACUGCAAAUUUGGGGCACCAAGUGUUCGAUCAAACGACACGGACCACAAAAUCCCACAACCGAUUCCGAUGGAGGGCGAAACGACGGUGCAGCUGCAGCCGCUGAAGAGCAUCGUCCCAGCCGCGGAAAACAACAUCAACGCGAAAUUCAUAGUCGUGGAGAAAGGCCACGUGGCUGUGAAGAACCAGCGCAAAACCUGCCUCGCCCUGGUCGCCGACGAGACCGCCGCCGUGAACUUCCAGCUGUGGGGCGACGAGUGCGACGCGGUGGAGCCCGGCGACAUACUGCUGCUGAAGAACGGCAUUUUCUCCUACCUCAACCCGAAAACCCUGCUGCUCAGGGCCGGGAAGAGAGGCUCCGUGGAAAAAGUUGGGGAAUUCACGAUGCGCUUCGUCGAGAAGCCCAAUUUGAGCAAGAUUGAUUGAUUGUGAACUCCUUUUUUUUUUUUUUUAAAUAUCUCAUUCCAAAUCGAACUUAGUAUGUUGAUGUUGUUCAUUAAAUUCAAAGAAAAAUACUGAUUGUGAUUUGGGA